GCUUGAACAAGAUGCACGCGAUGGAGGGUGCGGCUGGAAACGGGAAGAAGGUGGACGACCCAGCGGAGAAGUCACGGGACGAUGAGUCGUCGAGGGCCUCGCCGAAAGUCCCUCAGAAUCAGCAGAACGGGGCGGCACUUCCGGAGGAGACCGCCGCCGCACCGGCCACCAUCGAGUGCCUCCGAUCAGCGCCGAUAAAGAAGGAAUCUCUCUGCGACUCGGAGCCGGAUGUGACCGGCAAGAACCUCUCCGCUGCGGAGACGAUGCAGCAGAAGCCCGUGACCUCGCGCGGCGCGAAAUCGGAAACUGAAGGCGGCAGGAAGCGAAAGUUGACGGACGGACAGCUGUCGUCAAAUGGCAACUCCACGCCCAAGAAGUUCUGCAUUGAACAGAGGGAACAGUAUAUCUCGUCUUUGGUCGGCUGUGAAAAAGUUACCGCGGAGGAACUCGCUGCCAGGGCUGAUCAACUUCGAGCUGAAGUCCAGGCCUUAGACGAGUUAGCACGUGCCAAAGAAAUGGAAUGGAACGAGAUCCUGAGCAUGAGAAAGUUGAAGGAGGAAGCGUACCUGAGAAUUGAGAGACGGAGGCAAGUUAUGGGAUUCAUGGAGGGCAAUGGACAGUUGGCAGACACGUUGCCACCGGCCAGUUUGACACUAGGGCCCGAGUGGGAAAGCAGCGGCAACACUACCCCCGUGUCCAAAGAGAAAUUGAGCUUCAGCUCCAAGGAGGAUCUGCCUGAAGAAAGUUCUCAGGAUUCGCCAGCUUUCAAGAGGGAGAAGAGCGCGAAACAGACGUCGCAACGUCAGUCGACACCACCUAAACAAGAGAGAGGAGAGAACGGUCGGAAGCAGACAGAAGCGCUCAGUCCAGAGAACAGACAAAUAGGUGAAGGUCGACAAGGGGCCAUCGUCGACGUUAGAUCUAUUAUCGCUGAUUACAGACUGAGGCAUCCCGAAACGGUACCGCGCAGAGGCCGAAGAAUGAGAAAUUCGGUGAACGUCGGCCUCGGAGCUGGUGGAGCCAUGGUCGAGACGGGUCACAAUGUCGAUUCGAGGCCAUCUAGUACAGAUUCCUGUAAAAGCAACUCAAACACAGUCGAUCCGAACAAUUCUAUGAGCUUUAAAGAUGUACUCGUGCAGUUUGCCAAACUGAGCCAACAGCAAGGUGAACCCGUAAAAACGCCUCAAAAUUAUCCGGAUGUGACGCUUCAUCCUGUCGCGCCAUCCCCAGCACCGCAAAAUACCCCACCUCAGCAGAGCGGUUCAUUGCUUCACGGAAUUCUCACAAAGUCACAAUCUCCAAGACCCACUACAUUUUCACCUACUUUAGCUAGAUUACUCACAGCUCCUGAAAGAGAAAGGAAUGCACCCACAGCCGCGUCUAUGCCGCAACAAAGUGCGGCAACCCAGCACCUUUUGCAGACAUAUCAAGGCUCCAAUCCAGUUUCUAUCAGUGAUCUCCUAUCUUCUUCCAAGGAGGACGUUGAAGAGGAGUCGGCAGUAAUCGAGGAUAGGGAGACUCGUAUUUCUUCAGGCGGUAGGGAUGCCAGAGAGGAUAGAGAUAGUCCUCCACGAUGCCAAGGAUGUCACGAACGUGUAGCACAGUUCGUAUGUGCUGGCUGUGGUCAUCAAUGGUAUUGUAGUCGCGAAUGCCAAGUUGCUGCUUGGGACGAGCAUUCGGAAGUGUGUUCUGGUUAAGAGGGGCGAGCAUAUAUUAAUCUAAUCGUAUUAUCAGGUUAAAUACCCUUUUAACUAUGAAUGAAUCUAGUCAAAAAAAGAAAAGAAAAAGAAAACAACCGCCA